GGCCGGCUCUCAGUAUCGUAUCGCCUCUCGAGCUCACUCCGUGUUUCUGUUCGAACGAUGCCUCAGUUCUGAACAUUCUUAGAUUUACGACGAUGGACUUUCAGAGUGCUAUGGAAACUUUCGCCGAGGCUUGGGUCGCUGCUAACAUCAAACCGGAAAUCAACCAAAACGGACCGCAGAGUGAAGCUCUUGAACUGACGACAAGGGAGCGGACCGGGAGCCCGGAAACUCCAUCUAGUCCACGAGCACCUGUACAGCCGACUGCACCGUCGUCACCUCCGCCGUUCGACGACAAAACUCCAUCAGGGCGUUCGUUACCCGUUCACUGCGUCGUCGAAACCGUAUGGAGCGUCGAGCACUUGGGCAGGAGCUGCGGUCAGAGGAGGCCGGCGUUGGAAGUCGACAGUUAUGUCAUCAUUCCUGUCAACACCACCCUGCAGGAUUUGGUGUCCGUCGCGUUGCACAGACUCGGCUACUCGAAAGACAACGCCGCGGCCGCUAAAGGUUCUGUUGUUAUUAAAAACUGGAAACCAUUGAGUUUUGAAAAAAUCGCCGAGAGCCCGCUUAUGACCGUCGGAGACAUACUCGGGGAGUUGUCAACUAUAGCUACUCUUAGGAUUCAAAUAUUUAGAAGUCGCCCGAACGCUUUGUCCGACAUGAAAGACAAAUUGCUUAGACUUCUUCUUGUACAGUCGCAUUCUAUGCUGCUUUCUUCCGGCUGCCCGUUGGACGAAAAUGUCGUUUCCCAGCUUAUCAGGACCAGUUCCAUCGGGCCGAACGGCAGCGGCCAGCCUUCCCUGGAACAGCCCAGCGAAGAGACAAGAAGGAAAUUCGACCAGUGGUGGGCGGUGCAACAAGCGAGACUGGUGAGGCCACCGAUUUCUUGGUAUUCUUCGCCGCCACCGCAAGUCCACGAUCGCAAGCCGCUCAUGGACAAGCCUCAGGAAAAUCACGUUCAUCCAGCACUACAGACGGUACAAAACCAGUAUCCAACGCCGAAGACAAGAAUGAGGACUAGCUUCGACCCCGAGCUAGAGCUUCCUAAAUUGCAAAGAUGGUUUAUGGAAAACCAACAUCCGAGUAGACAACAGAUUCAACAAUAUGUGAGGGAAUUGAACAGCUUGGAAUCUAGAAGAGGGAGAAAACCUCUUGAUGUCAACAACGUUGUUUAUUGGUUCAAAAAUGCGCGUGCAGCCCAGAAAAGGGCUGAAGUAAGGAGUGUCACUCCAGGUAUGCAUUGCCAUCUUCUUUUGAACGGUUACAACAGCAACAGCCAAAGCCCCAGCGACACAGGGAUGAUGACGAAAAGCCCAGCCAGCACAAACCAAGACGACGACGAUGAAAUCGAACCGCAUUCGCCUGCACCACUUUCUUUGACCACAAAUCGAAGCCCAUCUCCUCGAAAUAAAGAAUCGCCGUCCCCGGCGGAAAACACACAGCAGGGUGAGGAAAACAAGGACGACCCUGAAGGUCACAGGGCGUCGUCGGAGGCGAUAAGCGAUUCUCAGAACAACAACACCUCGUCGAAGGAGGAACAGCACGAGGUGUCCGAAGAAGAAGAGGAGGAGAUGGACGAAGUGAUGUCGGAGGUGGAGGAUAACAAGGAGGACAAGAUAGAAGUGAAAACGGAAGGCGGCGCAGGGGGCGGCGAAACCCCUCGCCCAGGAUUUCCUAUUGUUCCCAACUCGAUGUUCAGCCACAGCAUAAUGUACAUGAGCCACUAUUUCCCUGGGCUCACACCUCCCCCAUCACAUCAUCACGCACAGAUGAAUUUGUCGGCAUUGGCAGACGAACGGAGGAAGCGGAAUCGGACGUUCAUCGACCCGGUGAGCGAGGUGCCCCGGCUUGAGCAGUGGUUCGCCCUCAACACCCACCCAUCGCACAACUUGAUCCUGAAGUACACGGACGACUUGAACAGGAUGCCGUACAGGCAGAAGUUCCCACCUCUCGAGCCGAAGAACGUGCAGUUCUGGUUCAAAAACCGGAGGGCCAAGUGCAAGAGGCUCAAGAUGUCGCUGUUCGACACCCCGUCGAACGCCAUUCAGCAGCCGCCGUACCACCAUCACCUUUCCGCGGCACUCUCCGGCGACCACUACCAAGCCCAUUAGAACUUGCAAAAACCGUUAUAUAUUUGUAUUGUAAAGCACUUUCUAGAUUUUUCUUCACAUUCUAUGUGAUCGAGUAUAUAUAAAUAAAUAUAUAUAAAUAUUAUAUAAUUAAUAUAUGUGAAUCUUUACUUUGUAAAUGUAUAAGUUUGUCUUUUUUAAGAUUUGUUAAGUUUUUCGUUUUGUUUAUAUAAGUAAAUAAUAUUUGGCUCCAGAUCUGUACCGGGAUUCAUGUAAUUCCUGGAAUAAAAGCACAACUCGAUUUAAAAAAAAAAAAUUGCUUUCUAAUUUUAUUUUAAUCUAAUAUACUAUUCCUUUGAAUUAUUUUGUAUUCGUAUAAAUCAAAUGCCAAAUAAAGCGAACCACCAGGUUCGUUGAUAUAUGACAAUAUUUAUUUUAAAGGCAAACUAUAUUUAUUUGGCUUCAUUGUUGGAGGGCGUUUUAUAGAUCGCAAUUGUUGAUGUAAAUUUUUUUUCUUUUGUUAUAUUGUAGAUCUCCGGAUAAUUGUUGAUCUCUGUUGUACAUUCCAUAUGUGAUCGAAAACUAUUCAUGCCCGCAUGUUCCUCGGGUCGACCAUUAUAUUUGUGUUAUUGUUUGUCGUAAUUAUUAAAAUGAAAAAUGUACAAAUGUUAACACUAUCCCCGUCCCUUUCCUAAUCGUUCUUUAAACUAUUGUACUAUCCAAAGAGCUAUUAUUUUUUCUUUAAAUAUAUAUAUGCAUACAUAAAUAUAUAUAAAUCCUAAACCCACACCGCAAUUAAUAUUGUGGUAAAUCCAAGCUUCCUUGAAAACAUUAAUGUAUUACUAAUGGUAUUAAUUUAUUCGUGUGUUCAAAAAAUAUACCAAAGAUAUCGCUUAUUAAUAAAAAAAAGAAAACUC